AUGCGUUCCCCGGCGCCACGCAGUGCUCGCGCCGCCCCCGGCGGCUCGGGCGCCGCCUCCACGGCCCCCGGCGCCGCCCCCGGAUCUGGAGCCGGCGGCUCAGCGGCAUCGGGAGGCGCUGCGACGCCGCCUCCGCCCCCAGCGUCUUCAUCCGCCGGCGCCGCUGCGUCCGCGGCGGCCGGAGGCGGCAAGAGGGGCCCAGGGGCGGCUCUGCCCCCACCGCCCCCCAGCAAAAAGAGGAAAGUGACUGUGGAGGCAGCGAAGAAGAAAGCGGCCGCCCCCGCGGUGCGGAAGCUGAUAGCCAAGGUGGCGGCCACGGCAGCCGCCAAGGGCGCCCGCAAGGCCAAGCCGCCCCCGCCGCCCCCGGUCAAGAGGCAGGACCGCCAGAGGACGGCCGCCGCCCCCAACAAGCAGCAGCAGCAGCAGUCCAAGAGCCCCACAAGGAAGCAGGCGCCGAAGAAGCAGGCCCCCGGGGUGAAGAAGCCAGCAAAGGCAGCGAAGGUGGUGUCGGCGGUGGCGCGCGCCAAGCCGGCGGCGGCCGCGAAGCCCGCCGCCAAGAGGCGCGGCCCGCCGGCCAAGCGGGGCCCGGCCGGCGCCGCCGCCCCCGUCAGGAAGCCCCAGCAGCAGCAGGCUGCCAAGGCGACCGCCAAGCCGGGCGGACCCAAGAAGAAGAAGCAGGCGGCCGCUCCCAAGGAGGAGCCGCGGCCGGACUCUGCGGACCAGCACGCCCCCGAGGCGCCUCCGGCCCCAGAGGCCAAGGCUGCAGGACCGGAAGUGGCCGCCCCCGCCAUCGCCACUGCCACUGCCGUACCGGAACCCCCGCCGCGUUCUCCGGCUUCUCCCGCGUCGAGAAAAUCGCCAUCCAGUCCGCACCAGGCUGUUCUGGAAGGCUGCCCCGUACCCUCUGACGGAGCGGCUUCUCCCAAAUCGCCGCCCCUCUUUCUACCCCCGCCGGCCAGCCCCGGUGACAGUUCGAAGCCUAAAGGGAAGGACAGCUCUGAAGCGAGAACCAAUCAGACUGUCCCUUCUGGGAAAUCGGCUCCAAAAAACGCCGUCUCCGCUAAAGAUAGCGCCUCUAGAAUCGAAAAAGUCUCUUCCCUGUCCAAGACUUCGGCAGCAGACAAGGCUGCGCCACCGAAGUCGCCGGCUCCGGAGCGGUCUGCCCCGCAGAAGGGCUCCGGUGACAAACUGAGUUCUUCCUCCAAAGUCGCAGAGAAGAUUAGCAGUCAGUUGCGGAGCUCGACGCAAGACAAGACCAAAGUACCGCCCGCAGAGAAGUCGGGGAAGAGCUCCCCUUCGGAUAAGCUGAGGACCAAAUCCCCCACGGCGGAUAAAGCCGUGUCGCCUCGAGUGUCCCCCACGACAGGUGUCGCGUCCCCGAAAUCGCCAGCCGCUUCUUCCAAUAAUCCGCCUUCGCCGGCUAGCGACGCCGGCAGUAAGAAUGCGAAAGAGCCGCCUCGUGAGGAUCCGGCGAGGCGGUCCGCAGCUGCGGAGACGGGUGCGGCUCCGGCCUCGCCGUCCGGUGCCACCUCCGGCGAUAAGUCGAGAGAGCAGCAGUGGGCAGACACCGUCCACCUUCCGGAGUCACCGAACAGGACCAAGAAGUCCGGCGAGAGUGACGGGAACGCGCCCAAGACUACGGCUACCGUGGCGACCAACACCUCGCCGACGACCUCGAGGAAGUCCACUAAGGAGUCCGCGGAGACUGUCUGCGGCAAGAACAGCGGCGGGUCCUCGCCCGGGACGGUGGCGUCGUCCAACACGGCGACUGGAGGAAAGAGGUCGCCCACAGAGGAGCCGACUGCCGCCACUGCCAAGUCGACAGCCAAUGCCGCCACCAACACGGUGCCAAAGAAGAAGUCCCUCUCGUCGGCGACGAGUGUGGCGGUGCUGGCGAAGAAAGUGAAGAGCCGCGCGGACGUGGGUACGCUGGCGCGGCCGCAGCUGCCCGACACGGCGCCCUGCAUCCAGGAGCUGCUGCUCAUGGCCACGCAGGCCAUCAGCGCCUACACCGAAGGCGACGACGAGGAGGACGACGACGCUGCCGCCAGGCGCGGCUCCAAAUCGUCGUCCAGUGACGCCGGCGGCAGGGCGAAGAGGUCGGACAGCAGCGCCAGUGACGGGGAGAGGAAGAAGCACAAGAAGAAGACCAGGAGGAAGAAGAUGCUGCUGCUCGCGUCGGACUCGAAGAACUCCGCCGGCGGAGUGGGCGGUAGUGCUGCCGCCGGCGCAGAGUCGCGUUCGCAGUCGUCGUCCCCCACCGGCAGCCCCUUCGGGAGUCCCGGCGGCAGCUGCAAGCCCGCCUCCAAGAAGAGCGAGCUCAAGGACAAGAUCAUCGCCAAGAUGGUGGCCAAGAAGGCAGCGUCGCUGCUGGGUGCGGCGUUCGCCAGCAGCAUCAAGAAGGGCCGGCCGGAGGAGAGCGACGGCGCGCCGGAGCAGGCCGAGCCUCUGGAGUACUCCGUGGCUGCGUACCCCGCGGUGGAGGAGGCGGCGGCGGCGGGCCCCAAGCCGUCCUCACCUUCCCACACUGUGGACGCCAGCCCAGCAUCACAGGCAACCGACCCCCAGUCUCCUGCAGAACCUGAGGACCGCAAGCCCACAGCUGCCGAGCUGGCCGCGGCCACGCCCUCGCCUGCGGACUCCGCGGUGGAGGUGUCUGCGGCGGCCCCCGGCGACCAGAAGGGCGGCGAGGCGGCCGGCAGCCAGCCGGAGGAAGACUCCUCCACGUCGGACGAGAUCACGCUGGACCUGCUGCUGCUGCGCCAGCAGGAGUUCCGGCGCAACCAGCAGCAGCAGGAGGAGGCCGCCGACUCGGGCAGCACCACGCCCGCGCCCGCCACGCCCGCCGCCCCCGCGUCCGCCCCCGCCGCCGCCCCCGCCACGCCGGCCGCCGUCAAGACGGAGGCGGUCGCCACGUCCGACGAGGAGAGCCUCAAGACGCUCAAGACGCGCAUCCGCGAGAAGCUGGCAGCCGUCAGCGCCGCCGCCGCCGCCUCGUCGCCGUCUUCCGCCAACGACGAGUCCUCGGCGGCGUCCUCGCCUCUGGCUCUCCACGGCAGGAAGUCCGUCAAGAAGCUGGCUGCGGUGAAGAAGGAAGACCCAGAUGGCGGAAAGGCGCUCCCCAAGAAGGAAGGAGUUUCUUCAGACGACGGCGGCGCCGACGCAGAGGACGAAUACGCCGACUUCGGCGAUGACGACGACGACGUCGACGACGGCGCCACCGGCAGCUCCUCCAGCGCCGGCCGCGUCAAGCAGGUGAAGAAGAAGCGCCGCCUGCUGAAGAAGGCGAGCUCGACGGCGGCGUCGCGGCGCAAGCAGGCGCCGGCCGACAGCGGCAGCGACUCGGAGCAGCGCGCGCGCCGCAUCCGGCUGUUCGGCUUCUGGUCCGGGCCCAAGCGACACCGCGUCGCCUCGCUCAACGCACUCGCCAAGGUGCACUGCCUGUACGAGAACGAGAGCCGCAGCGCGCUGCUGGGGGUGUGCGCCCUGCCGUCCCCCGGCAGCGACGGCGCGCCUCGGGCCGCGGCCCCCGUCCCGCCGUCCACCCGCACGCUGCGCUCGGUGCCCGGGCUGCGGCAGCCGGGCCGCCACUGGGACAUGCACAACGCCUCGUCCACCACCACCACCAGCACCUCCACCAGCUCCCCCAGCCCCAGCGGCGGAGAGUCCAGCUCGGGCGCCAACUCGUCGGCGGAGGAGAACGCGGCAGAGGCCCCCCGCGACGGCGGCUGCCCGCUGGCGGGCAAGAAGCGGGGGCUGCAGCGCCGCCCCCAGCAGCAGCCGGCCAGGGCGGACGCCCCCGCCGCCCCCGACGCCGCCCAGGAGCAGCCCCAGCAGCAAGCCAACUCCUCGGACGGGUCCGCCAGGUCGCCCACCGAGCAGGACAGCAAGAAGCCGAAGAAGGUGGUGCGGCGCAAGCGGAACCGCGGCGAGCUGACGAUGGACCUGAAGGACAUGGUGGUGCGCAAGCGCAUGGCCUCGCUGAACGCGUCCGCCAUCCUGGCCGCCAGCUACUCCGUCGAGAAGCGGCCGCCGCGGCUGCCCGCGCCCGACGGCCGCAAGAAGCAGUACCGGAAGUCGGCCAAGCACAAGGGCGGAGCGCAAGAGAAGGAGAAGAGCGCAGAAGACAGCGGCCCAGGGGAAGGAGAGGCCGCCCUCGCAGCCGCCUCCGCGGCGCCCACCGCCCCCUCGGCACCCAGUGCCACUCCCGAAGGUGGGUCGCCAGUGGUGGCGCAGACGGAGGCCGUGGCGCCGCCGCCCGCCCCCGCUCCCCCCCCGGGCCUCGACGUGGUCGGCAGCGGCGGCGUCAUCGAGCUGCGAACCACGUCCUCCACCACUUCGCCCAGCAAGAAGGUGGCGAUGAUCCAGCUGAACCAGGACACGGACGUGUGCAUCACGGGCGUGUACGUGAACAGCACGACGCGCUCCACGCGCCACGAGGGCUACUGCAGCAUCGCCGGCAUGCAGUACCGCAUCUCCAGCACCAGCCACACGCAGUCCGAGGCCACGACGGUCGCCACCGAGACGACGCUCCAGGUGCACGCCUCGGACCACCCCCCGCAUGGCUACCAGCAGCCCGGCUGCGGCUCCGGCGCCUCCGCCUUCUCCGCGCCGCCCUCCUACGGCCCGCCGCCCCCGCACCACCACCAGCAGCCGCAGCCGCAGGACUACAUGCACGGUGAGUACCGCCACCACCUCCACACACUGUCCGGCGAGGGACCGGCCUUCAACGUAAAGGUGAAACUUAACUUCGUCCACAAGACGCGUAGUAUAUCUGGCUUACAGUUCAUUCGGUGUAAAUUACAAGCUACUUUCUCUCCUGAAUCAGCUGUCUUCACACUUGUAGCCUGA